AUGCAUGUCUUCAUGAACCUGACGGAGUUUAACCAAUCUGAUCUCUGUGAGCAUUUCUCCUGUCCAGAGAGAUCUGUAUCUCCUGCAGUUUAUAUCUUACUGUAUGUAUGUGCAGCUGCAGUGGUUCUGCUAACAGUGUGUGGAAAUCUGCUUGUCAUCAUCUCUGUUUUUCACUUCAAGCAGCUUCACACACCGACCAACAUGCUCGUGCUCUCUCUGGCUGUGUCGGAUUUUCUCGUGGGUGCUUUAGUGAUGCCGCCCAUGUUAAUCUGGACGAUCGAGUCCUGCUGGAUCUUUGAUACGGUUUAUUGCAUCUGUUUUUUGAUUACCUCUUAUUUUCUAACAAGCAUAUCCAUCUAUAAUGUCGCUCUGAUCGCUGUGGAUCGGUAUUUGGCUCUCUCAAACCCAUUUCUCUACACAAACACAAUCUCUAAGUGGACUAUGUGCACUGUGGUUUCUUCUAACUGGUGUGUGUGCCUAGUGUAUAACAUAGCAUUUUAUUAUUUCAAUGUAAGCUUCAUGAGUUUCUUAACGUGUCCUGGAGAAUGUUAUCCUUUUAUGAAUGAUGUUUUAUUUGCAAUUGAUCUUGUAGUAACAUUUAUAUUUCCAUGUUCUGUCAUAAUCACAUUGUAUACUCUAGUUUUUGUGAUUGCUAAGAAACAUGCCACUGCUAUCAGAGAGCUUAAUAAUCACACACGGCCUAAAACUCAGAAAAUCACCUCACACUCAGUGAAAUCUGAGAGAAAAGCAGCUAAAGUCCUUGGCAUUUUAGUGUCUGUGUUUCUGAUGUGUUUGCUUCCGUUUUUUAUUUACAGUUUGUUAGGUGAUGUUAUUGAGCUACAGGCAGAAACAAUUCAGAAACUUGCAAUUGUGGUUUAUCUUAAUUCCACCAUUAAUCCGGUUAUUUAUGCUCUGUUUUACCCGUGGUUUAGGAGGUGCAUUAAAUUAAUUAUAACUCUGCAAAUAUUCCAAACAGACUCUGCAUUAAUCAAUGUUCUUUCAUGAAUGUGUUGAAACAGGAUGAUCACAUCUUUUUCUUAGAUUAUAAAAACAGAACAAUCAGUUAACUACCUAGAAAAAAAAUACAAUGUCUUCCAAACA